AUGUCCACAAAACCUCAAAGAGGUGCGAAUUGGAGGCCCGAAGAAGAUGAGGCAUUGUGCAAAUGGUGGGUUUCUAUCAAUGAAGAUGGGGCUAUUGGCACCAAUCAAGCAAGCGACACAUUUUGGAAGCGUGUAUAUCAAAAGUUUUUGGAAAAUGAUCCGGCCAUUAGUGGACCCGAGCGACGAAUAUAUCAAGUCAUUGCUUUUCGGUUCAAGACUAUCAACCAACAGUGUUCUCUUUGGAAGGCAUGCUUGACUAAGGCCAAUACGAACCCACAAAGUGGCUCAAAUUUACAUGAUGUGGAAAUCUUAAAAGAUUGCCCAAAGUGGAACGAUAUAAAUGACCCUCCUGCACAACGUUCUUCUGGAGCUAGUGUAAGUAUGGUGAAUUUGGAUAACGAUGCAGACGAAAUCACCAUGCCUAGUCCAAGGCCUGAGGGGCGAGAUAAACAAAAGGCUGCACAAAAAAAAAAGGGAAGAUGGCUGACCCUUCUAAAAAAAAAAAGGAAUAAGUACUUGGAAACAUUGGUGGAGCAAGGUAUUGCUUUCGAGGAUGAUAGGAGACGAAAGCUCAACAUAUUGGACAAGUUUGUCCAAGAUCAAGUUGAUGCUUAUGCGUAUAAGAAGCAACAAGAUAAGGAAGCCCAAGAACAAAAAAUAAUGUCCAUGGACAUGUCCAAAUUUACUCCAAGAAAGAAGAAAUAUUAG